CGACGUUGAGGUGGAGUUAUGUUGAACGAUAUGCUUGCUGAAAAAUGUGGAGCAAAGGGCACAACUAAAGUGGGGUUUUCACUGAGUUUCAUUGAUUAGUCCUUAUGACUCCCUCCCCCUUUUCCAGCCGAACGUCAGUUUAUGACUGGGGCUAUUUUCUGUACUUGACCAUCACAGUGUUGUUCUGAAGAUGUUGCAAAACACAGGGAAACUAGCAGGGCGUACUCUCUUCAUCACAGGUGCCAGUCGUGGCAUUGGCAAAGCGAUUGCCUUGAAAGCAGCCAAAGAUGGUGCAAACAUUGUAAUUGCUGCAAAAACUGCACAAGCCCAUCCGAAGUUGCCAGGCACAAUAUACACUGCAGCAGAAGAGAUCAAAGCUGCUGGAGGCAAGGCUUUACCCUGUGUUGUCGAUGUGCAAAAUGAGGAGCAAAUCAGUGAGGCAGUGGAGAAUGCAGUGAAGACCUUUGGAGGUAUAGAUAUACUGAUAAAUAAUGCUAGUGCCAUUAAUCUAACUGGGACCCUGGAAACGCCAAUGAAGAAAGUGGACCUCAUGAUGAAUAUCAACUCCAGGGGGACUUAUCUAACGUCAAAAUUGUGCAUUCCUUACUUGAAAAAGAGUCAAAAUGGCCACAUUCUGAACCUGAGUCCUCCUCUCAACAUGAAUCCCAUCUGGUUCAAGAACCACUGUGCCUAUACCAUGGCUAAAUACGGGAUGUCAAUGUGUGUCCUGGGAAUGGCUGAGGAAUUCAAAGGUGAAAUUGCGGUUAAUGCUUUAUGGCCAAAGACCGCAAUACACACAGCUGCCAUGGAUAUGCUUGGAGGAUCGGGUGUGAGCAGUCAGUGCCGGAAGCCUGAAAUCAUGGCUGAUGCUGCCUAUGCCAUUUUCUCCAAGCCAAAGACAUUUACUGGCAACUUUAUCAUCGAUGAAGAACUCCUUAAAGAGGAAGGAAUCAAGGACUUUGAUAUCUAUGCUGUUGAUCCAGGGCACCCUCUACUUCCAGAUUUCUUUUUGGAUGAGGAACCAGAGGCACUUGCCAAGAAGAUGCAGGAUCAUGGAGCUACUCCCAAGUUUCAAGCAGGAAAGGAGCAGGCUUCAUCGGCACCUGAGGGACCUGUUGCUGAAACGUUCAAGGCUAUCAAGGGAGCACUCACUGCUGACGUGGUGAAAUCGACUGGAGGCAUCUAUCAGUUUGAAUUGUCUGGUGAGCACCCAGGAACCUGGUACAUGGAUCUGAAGAAUGAAAGUGGCAGCAUUGGACAUGGAAGUUUCCCAGGGAAGGUUGAUGUGCUGAUGAGCAUGAGUAGUGAGGACUUCGUGAAAAUGUUUACAGGUAAGGUGAAACCCACCAUGGCGUUCAUGUCUGGCAAGUUGAAGAUUAAAGGAGACAUGUCACUCGCCAUCAAACUGGAGAAGCUGAUGACCCACUUCAAAGCCAAACUGUAACCAGCAGGGCAUUCAGUUUCUUUCAUUAUCAAUGCCGAAUGGAAUAGCCUUACAAAUACAAGUUUUGAUAUCUACCUGCAUGAAUUCACAAUUUGCCAUUUGAUUCCUGCCCAUUUAUUUCUUCCAAUUAUUGAGCACCAGUCAUUCUGCUCAAAGCAUUUAACUUCAUGGUAAAGUAAAUAAAAUUCUGAAUUUUUGAAAUGAAUUGUUUAGCAUCACUCCCAAAACAAUCCUGACUGAGAGUUCUCGUUGGCUGUGCAUCAUCCAAAGUCAUGUCUGAUUUAGUGCAGGAUGCCAAAGGACUGUUUGGAGAUGAGGGGAUUAAGGUUGUUUAUGAUGGAUGCCUGUCUUUGUUAAAAUUGCCUUUGUUCGAUCAGUCAGACAAGUCUGAGUUCAUUGCUGUUUUAGGGACGAAAAUGUAAUUGUAUUUUAAGAAACACAAUUUCAUUUUAUGAAUUGUCAUACAUUAUUGCCAUGAAGUCAAUAUGGAUAUAAUAAACCAUUAAAUUUAAUUAAUAA